AUGUCAAAUAGUUUUCUUUCCAUUCUACCCAUUGAUGCCUCUCUGUGGUGGUUGGUGUUUACACUCUGCGGGGCACCUGUCUCUUCUCUCUUCACAGCUGGAUUGACAUUUGCCUUUAGUCUUCUAGUGAGUGCCACGAUGCCAAUGAAGUGGAUGGAUGUUCAUCGUGAAUUACUAAUAAGUAAUGGAGAAAACUUUACUGCAGAGAAAGAGGGAAAUUCUUUACAGAAGCGUAAAGAGAAGAAGUACUCCACUGAAGUAGUACAGACAUUUAUAUUAAUGAUUGCCAUUCUGUUUGGUACGGUAUUUACACAAUUAGAUUGGGCUGUUUGGUUUCAACAAUGGCCAUUCCCGGCGGUAGUUUCUUAUGUACUUGUGCGUUUAAUCCUUGCAGUAGUGGCGGCGAGAGGAAAUAGGCGGAUUAAAUCGAAAGAGUGA